GAGAGCCUGCAGCUUAUUUUUAAGUCAGCAACUCAUUUUUACCAGACAUGAGCAUUGCUUUCUCAUCUUGUGCAAUGUGACUGACUGCCUGCACUAAGCAGGAAAUUCUGUACGCUGCUAACUAGAAGAUGACUUUCAUGGCAGCACACACGUCUCAUCCUCUUCCAGACGGUGACUUUUUCUUUUAAGGCAGACCUGUGUUUCUCAAGGAAGCAGGAAGUGAAAAAAGUAGCUAGAGAGCAACCUGUGAGUAAACCCAGAAGAAAGAAGUCCACUGAUUGGAAAAUUCCGGUAUGUAGGUGCCUGAUGCACAUUCCUGACCAGUCAAUAAUUGUACUCAUCAGAUGUUCUUUGACACAGCCUUUGGCCUACUAAUGGUUAUCUGAGAACCUUUCAGUUGCACCGGACUAUGCCUGUGAAAACAAAUGAAGUUUGACAUUGGAUGGUUUACAAAAAACGUGAUCCUGGAUCUGUUCAGAAUACUAAAAAGAAAAUUGCAACGUGGCAGACUUACCUUUAUAUUUUAAACUAGCGAGUUUUUGUGCUGUGCUAGUGCAACCUAAUUGUCUUCACAAUGAAAUCGGAAUGGGAUUAUUCCAAAAAUCUGGAUUUGAGUUUCUUGUCAUCUGAGGAAGAAAAUAAGAUUUUGCAGGUCCUGGAGCGGGAUGCACGUCUGAAGAACAGGGAGAAAAGCCGAGUAAGGCAAUUAAGGCUCUCAAUCUUUGAUCCAAGAAGACUGAAGAUCAUGACGGGGGAGUGGUUUGAUGAAAUAAAAUCUAGGCGUUACAAUGAGAGCUUCAGCAUAAUUGACAUUGUAAGAUGCUCAUUCAAGAGAAAAGCAAAUCCAGCAGCUCUAACCUCACGAGAUCCUGAAGAAACAAAAGUGUAUAAAAACCUACCAAGAAAAUUGACUGCUUUGAAAGAAAAGACCUUACCUUUACAGAGUCAUACUGCUGAAACUGAAGAAAUCUCACUUCAUGUAAAUCAGCCAAAAAGCAAUGAACAUGAACUUGCCUUUGACCAGGGUUUCAACAAUGCUGAGACUACCAAACAAUCGAUCAGAAAAGGCAGCCAGCCGACUGAUGCUGAAGAGCUGUCACCAUCCUUCGUAUUGUCCGCUCCUGCUGCUGUGACUUUGGAUGAAACAACUUCAGGGAGAAUCUCAAGUUCACCGGUGGAAUCAAAGUGUUCAACAAAGUCUUUCUUUUCUGAUCUCCCAAUAAAUAUUGAAGUUUCAUCAAACAGCGAGUCUGAUGAACUGACCUUAAGCCAAGGUAUUAACUUAAACCAACUGGAAAAUUCUUCUGUUUACUAUCAUCUGCUCUACAAAUCCGAUUCAGAUUUGGCUGGACCUUCUCCUAAUGCAAGCCCUGUUGUGUCUCCCAUUGAAGAUUCAGAGGAUGUCUUUUAUGUCAAAAGCCAACCAAUUCUGGAAGCAGUGAAACCUUUACAGAGAGAAAACAAAGAUGCUUGUAGUCUUGAAAUAAAAGUUGGAGAGGAAGACCUAUCUGUGUUACCAAGUGAACUGAGGAGAGUAGACAAUGCAAUUUCUGCACCUGAGGAUUUUGAGGAUGACAGCACUCUGGAACCUCCAACUCUUGUACUUACAAGUGCUUUGAUUGAAGAUACAGUCUCCCCUGUGGUACCUUCAGAAGAGAAAACAUCCCUAUUUCUCACCACAGCGGGACUAUUAGAGAUGCAGGUAUCUGAUGAAGCUUAUUAUGAAAAAAAUGGAGCUCUGAAAACAGACCUGAAUUCUAAUGAGACACAUCUUUUGGUAAGAAAUUCAGUGGGUUCAGCUUCAGAUAGUUCAAAAAAGGAAAUAUCUAGUACUUUACAAGAUGAAAUGCAGAUACUAAGGCCUUCAUCUUCUGAUACACACUCUAAUUUAGAAAUGCCUGUAUCAUUUACUGAAGAAAAUAAAUCUGUUUUAUUGGUAAAUCAAGAAGUAGAAGAUAAUGUCGAUGAAGGAGAAUUUUGUGCGCAAAAUACAGAUAACCAACCAGAGCAACAUGGGGAGUUAAUGUCUGAAGGGAAACUAAGGAAUGACUCUAGUUCCCUGCAAAUGCACAUGCCAAGCUCCUCUGAACAUUAUCUAAGUGAUACCUCUAGAAAUUCCACUCCGGAGGUAAUUGAAGAGCAAAUGGCUUUAACAGGUCUUGAAGAGCCGACAGAUCAAGAGGACUUAAAAAAUAAUGAGAAAGAAACUGGUUUCAGUGCUACAAGCAUUGUAAUAAAUGUUUUAGAAGACUUUGAUCAUACUACCCAAUCAUCAACAAAGGCAGGAGGGACAUGCGUGACAAAGAAGGGGAUUUUAAAGCAUUCUCCUAGUUCAAGUUCUAGUGAGUCAGACUCGCACCAGAGACAAUAUCUAAUGGAAACAACAUCUAAAAAUUUUGAGGCUACAUCCAUCGAAGAACAGUUAAUCAGUCCUAAAUCUGAAGUAAAACAGGUACGAUUUUCACCUGAAUUAGAGGAGCACAAUAUAUUCUCUCCUGCUUCUUCAGGUUUGUGCAACGAAGAUGUAAAACAAAGCAUAUCCAAAGAAUCUGGGAUUUUGGAGCAUAAUGACAAUGUUUCUACUCAUCCUAAAGAAGAAAUACACUCUCCAGUUAGAACUUUGCCUGAUGACGGAUUUACACGCAAUUCUGAUUCUAGAAGGACACUGCCAGAUGCACCUCAAGAAUCCCCAAACCUCCUGUCUGUUAUCAAUGUGCCACAUGAACAUUUUCAGCCAUCAGAAAUCCUUGGGCCUGCAUCAUCAUCUGCCAUGUGGGAGGAAAAUGAUAUUGACUUAGAUGAUGAUGUCAGCUCAUUAUCCAGCGCUGGCUCCGAUAUUUCUGCUAAGAAACAAAGCAGUUCCUCUGGCCUGUUGUCUGUGUCUGGGCUGAGUGGCAGCAUGAUGAGUUUGUACAGUGAUGCUGGAGAUUUUGGCAACCUUACAGUUCAGGGAGGAGUGCAGUUUGCUUUAAUUUUCAACGCUAAGAAGAAUGAGCUAGUGAUCUACAUUGAGCAGUGUCAGGAAUUGGCAAUUGGAAAUGUGAAAAAACAACGAACAGAUCCUUAUGUGAAAACCUACCUCUAUCCAGACCGAUCCCGUCUAAGCAAGAGGAAAACAUCUGUGAAGAAGAAUACGGUGAAUCCGAUCUAUAGGGAGUCUCUGACUUAUAUUAUGUCUAAGACUGAGUUACAGACAAGGACUCUGAAUCUAUCUGUCUGGCACAAUGAUUCCCUUGGGAGAAAUGCAUUUCUUGGUGAAGUUCAAAUAGAUUUGCAGACUUGGGACUGGAGUCAUGACACCCUGACCUGGUACAGCUUACUGCCAAAGAAUGCUGAUGUCUCUGAAGCCAGCAACAGGGGACAUUUAGUUGUAGCACUGAAGUAUGUGCCACCUGGAUCGAUAGGGCCUACUAGGCCUGCCACAGGGGAACUUCAUGUUUGGCUGAAAGAAGCAAGAAAACUGCAAAGUCUUAAGCCCAGUGGCGUUGACUCGUUUGUAAAGUGUUACAUUUUGCCUGAUACAACCAAAAAAAGCCGACAGAAGACGCGAGUAAUAAAGAAAAACCUGAGUCCGGUCUACAACCACACUAUGGUAUAUGAUGGAUUUAAGCACGAGGAAAUAAGAGAGGCCUCUUGUGAGCUGACCAUCUGGGACCACGAAACAUUUUCAAAUCAGUUCCUUGGAGGGGUGAGGCUCAGCCUUGGAACAGGUAGAAGCUACGGGAGGAGUGUGGAUUGGAUGGACUCCGCGGAUGAGGAGGUGGAGCUUUGGAAAGCCAUGAUCUCUAAACCUAAUGAAUGGGUGGAAGCAGUGCUGCCUCUCAGAUCAUCCAUGACCAAAAAAACUUAAAACACAGCCAUCAGUUCUUGUUCCUUUACAAAGUAAUCUUUUUCAAGUUAAUGUUUGAGAAGAUUUUUAAAUAUAAUAUUAAAACUAAUCUUAUCUGCAAAACAUUAAAAUUUGUAAAUUAAAGAGCUUUAACUAAAUGAACUU